UCAGUGGUUGAUGGUGUUCAGUUGUAUUUAUUUUUUCGUUGGAAAAGGUAAUUCAUCGGUUAUCAUUUGCAUGGCAUUCUUAUCGCAUGGUUUUAGUACGUAGUAAAGCUACACUGGUUGUUAUCAGCGUGGAAUUAAAAAAAUACCUAUUCAUUCGCAUUUGCGGAACAGGGAACAUCAUCUUGGAAUUUUCCCCUCGAAGAACGAAUAACAUCAAACUGAAUUCAUCAUGGAAAAAAAUCACAAAUCUCGGAACACCUUUCCCAUUUUUCAUUCUUCUGCUCGGACAUUACAGGAGAUGGCUACAUCACGAUUCGCGUACGCCUGCUGGUGUUCAGUAAUUAUUAAUAAACGCGACUCCCGUUCCGAUUCGCGACCAUGUUGGGGACACAAUUUGUGGUUCGAGAAACACACAUUCAGUUGCACUGAUAUUCUGCCAGUGCCAUUCAGUAUCAGACCGAAGAUCGAUUAUACAAUUUUACUUAUUGGAAAAGAACUUGAAAUGUGGACCAAUCAUAAUAAUUUCAGAAGCGUGUCGAUACCUCGAGAAGUUAUUGUCGAUUGCGUGGUAUUCGAUUCAGAUAAUAUUUGUUACAAAAAAACAGCCAAGAAUUUACUUACUAAAGCGAACCCGGCGUUCUGUUUAAUCGAUCAGUUUCAUAUCGCUUGUAAAUACAACUUAGAAGAAGAUAUCGAACGGUUGUGGCCUUUGGUUAAAGAUUUUGUGCAUAUCGAAAUAUCUCGAUUCAAUUAUUCGGCUACUUCUAUUCAAACAAUAGAGUAUUGGUGUUCUCGUAUGAGAGGAGAACUGCUGCAAGUCUACGGUUACCGGGCGAGAUCGCCUGAAUUUUAUGUGCUUCAGCGACAAACUACGAGUGAUGAAAGACCAAUGAUGGAUUGGAGCGAAAUCGAGUACUUUUGGAAGAAAUUGAGCAUCGAGGAGCAAACCUACCUUGUGCAAGACUAUCGAUGGUUGCAGGACUUCAUUGAACAUUUGAUAUGGAAUAUGGAUAACGCGAUGUUGGAAACCGUAGCCAAAUCUCAACCUAUUAUACUUUUGAAACAUUUAGCCUCUGACGAACUCUACUACGAAUACACCUUACAAGUUUGGGAUUAUAUGAAGAAUUCAUUUAUCGAUGACAAACAAACAUUUUAUCGAAUUUUAAUCGAUUUAUCAGAGAUGGCAUUCUGUCUAUGCGGUUACAGCCAUGUGGCGACGUUACUCAAAGAAAUAUGGCUCUCGGCUCCGGAUGAGUUGAAAAUCUAUAUUUGUUAUUAUCGCAGGUUUGGCGAAGUUCUCGAUUUCGUCGAAGGUCAACGUUUGGUCAGAUCUAUUAUGCAAUUUGUCAAAAUUCGAUCGUUUGGUUGCGAUAUUAGUUUCUUUAUCGAACUAUCGAGAGAUUGCAGCUUCGAAACGAGACAACGAAUAUGGCUGAAAUGGUGGCACAAAUUUGUUAUUUUAGCCCAAGUGCCCGAUUUACUCGAGAUGAUGAGUUUAUGCUUUGACAAUGCAAACGAUUUAGCUGUGUUUAAAAAAACCACCAUGUUGGAUACCAAAGCGCUGGAAUAUGUUUGCGAUCAAUUCAUCGACCAAGGACUUGAUGAUGAGUUGGACGAGUAUUUGAAGUUGUGUUGUUCAGAUGAUGACGAUGAAAAACGUGUAAACGCUGUAAGGGAGAAAAUUGUUCUUGAAAAUGAAGCUGAACGAGCAGUUCGUUUCGUGGUGGCGGAAGUGACGGAAUUUCAAGAAAGCUCUUCUUGCAAAUAGAUCAAAUCUUUUAUAGACCGGUUGUGAAUUUGUUAUUUUUUUAUAUUUUUUAGGCCUACCUCUAUUGUUUUUAUAUUUUUAUGCAUUUACUGUGGGUAUAUUUUAUGAAAAUUUACAUCUUUAUUUUCCUAAAUCUCCUAUCGAAUGUACAAUUUUUAUCAAAUUAUUACAGAAAUUUAAAUUUUAUGUUGUGUUAGUGUACCAAUAAAUUUA